AUGCAACCUCCUGAUGACAGGUGCUUUCUGUGCUCUGGUCUGGUGCAAUCAUCAAAGAUUUUUUUCUGUCUCCUCCUACAUGCCACUCCCCCACCCCUUUCUGCCAUGUAUCCUGAGCAUAUACAGUCUUCCUUUUCUCUCUCAGGAGGUAUUGCUCAGAGCUCUCUGCUAACACUGUACUUUUCUAGGGAGAAAAUCCUUUUUCCUGCCUUUGAAAGAAUUAAAGAACGAAACAGCGCAGAAUAAUCCCCCAAGACAAAAACUACUUGCUUCCCUCUGUGCUUGGCAACCUGCACUGGUUCCAGUGUAGGCAACAUUGUGCCUGGAGGACUAAGCAGCUGUGCUGACCAUGAGUGAGCAGAGCCACGUCAACAGCCUGUUUCUCAACGAGGAUGCAGCCAAGCGGCUUCAUGCCGACAGCCGCGUGCAGCGGUUCCGGCAGGCUGUGCACAAGCGGGCGGCGCGGGCCAAGAAACGCAUGCAUAGCAUCACUGCUGAGAGCACUAAAAGCUUCUUCAGGAGAAAUGCCUUCGUCCUCUUCACCAUUGCUGCGGUCCUACUAGGGAUUAUCCUGGCCUUCUCACUCCGGCCCUACCAGCUGACCUAUCGCCAGAUCAAGUAUUUCUCCUUCCCUGGUGAGCUGCUGAUGCGUAUGCUCCAGAUGUUGGUUCUUCCUCUCAUUGUCUCUAGCUUGAUUACAGGAAUGGCCUCACUGGAUAGCAGAGUCUCUGGGAAGAUGGGGAUGCGGGCUAUCAUCUACUAUAUGGUGACCACAAUCAUAGCUGUCUUCAUCGGCAUCUUCAUGGUGAUCAUCAUACAUCCAGGAAAAGGAUCUAAGGACAACCUUCACAGAGAAGGCAGAAUUGAGCAGGUGCAGACCACUGAUGCCUUCAUGGACUUGGUGAGGAAUAUGUUCCCACCCAACCUGGUAGAAGCCUGCUUCAAACAGUACAAGACUCAGUACAGCACCAGGGUCUUCACCAGAACCAUCCUCCACAGCAGCAAUGCCACAGCAGGUGUGGCAACCACUCAGAUCCCUGUGCCUGAGAAUUUCACCAGCAUCAUGGAGAAUGUCACUCAUGCCCUGGGAACCAUCUCCGAGGUGCUGACCUUUGAAGAAGUCAUUCCCAUCCCAGGCUCAGCCAAUGGGGUGAACGCGCUGGGGCUGGUAGUGUUCUCCAUGUGCUUCGGUUUGAUGAUCGGCAGCAUGAAGCAGAAGGGACGGGCCCUGCGGGAGUUCUUUAACUGCCUCAACGAAGCCAUCAUGAGGCUGGUGGCCAUUAUCAUCUGGUAUGCUCCAGUUGGGAUAAUGUUUUUAAUUGCGGGCAAAAUCCUGGAGAUGGAUGACCUAGCAGUGAUGGGAGGCCAGCUGGGGAUGUACACGCUCACUGUCAUCGUUGGACUCCUUAUUCACGCCCUUUGCAUCCUGCCUCUGCUCUACUUCAUUGUCACUCACCGAAACCCCUGGGUAUUCAUUGCAGGGCUCCUGCAGGCUCUCAUCACAGCCCUGGGCACCUCCUCCAGCUCAGCGACUCUGCCCAUAACCUUCAGGUGCCUGGAAGAAAACAAUGGUGUGGACAGGCGCAUCACAAGGUUUGUGCUGCCUGUGGGAGCCACAAUUAACAUGGACGGCACUGCUUUGUACGAGGCCCUUGCAGCCAUCUUCAUUGCACAAGUCAACAACUAUGAACUUGACUUUGGGCAAAUCAUCACAAUAAGCAUCACUGCCACAGCAGCCAGCAUUGGAGCCGCAGGUAUUCCCCAGGCAGGACUGGUGACAAUGGUGAUAGUGCUGACAUCAGUGGGGCUGCCUACUGAAGACAUUACACUGAUCAUCGCUGUGGACUGGUUUCUGGACCGCCUUAGAACAACUACGAAUGUCCUGGGGGAUUCCCUGGGGGCUGGCAUUGUGGAGCAUCUCUCCCGGCAUGAGCUGGAUGCACAAGACUGCGAACUUGACUAAACAGAUCCCGUAUAUACCACAGACUACUUGUCCAACUUUUCAAGAAAACAUUGAAUUCUAAUCCUGAAGUGACUUCCUGUAUAAAAAGGGCAAACUGAAGGAUGAAUCAGAAGAUUGUUGGAUUGGAUUCUAGCUCAAAUGGGAAUUAAUUCUGGGAAGUCCUAUGGCUUGGGUUACACAGACUAUAUGGUCAUAAGGGUCCCUUCUGGCUUUAUAAUAUAUGCAUGUGCUUUCUGGCUUAGAGAUAUUGCAAAGGGUCUUUCCAACCCAAUAAUUUCUAAAGGCUACCUGAAAGGGUUCUAAUGAUACUUUAAUAAAAUUCAGCAGGAGUCUAACCUGUUUUCAGUUCUUGUUAGCAGACAUGUACACAUAUCACAAAAGGGACUCUCCAUAUCACAUUGCAUCCACAUGUUCACAGACGUUCCCACAAAGCGGUAUGCACCACGCCUUGCCAUAUGUGAUUUCCUGCUUUCCACACAAGAUUAACAGAGCACAAACAAGUAGAUGCCUCAUUUUCCAACAAUGCAAACCAGUAUUCCUUUGGGAAUUUCAGAAUUCACUUUAUAGCUUUUAGCUCUGGUGUUUACCCAUGUUGUUAACCAGAUUAUGAUUGAGAUUGUCUGUUUACAGUCCCCGAACAUCAAAAUAUUAUCAGAAAUUUGCAUAUACUUACAUAUAUAUCUAUACAUAUAUAUGAAAGAGGUGCAUGUGUGCAAUCAUAUGUGUUGUUGUGUGUUUUGCUUUGAAUCCAUGUUUGCCCCCUGUUUUCCUCCCUAAUCCCCUCCCUUUACCAGUUGCCAAUUUUCCCAAGCCCUUCCCUAACCUCCUCCCUUCCAAGUUGUCAAUCCUCCCUAUCCCUACCCCUCUUCUCCAGAGUUCUGUGUCUGUUUUGUUGCCCUCGGCACCCCGUUUGUUACUGUGUAUUUGCCCCACCUUAUACUUCUGUUCACCCCCGCCCCAGUCUUGUCUGGGGGCCCAGGAAUAAAUCCAUCUUGUCCCACCCCAAGCCCGGUGCCAUCGCUGUCUGUCCCUGCUGAUAACUGGGAUUGCAGAGCUCACAGGGAACAGUCGUGCCCCCGCCGCAGCCACCCUGCAAGGUGCGUGCUGCAGCACAUAUGUAUACAUAGAGUUAAAUGGAAAGCCAAUAUUACAGUCUCACUGUAAUGUGAAAAGCUGCAUAUUUCAUUUUGGUGCCCACCUUGAUUUACUCAUUUAACCCCGUACAUUAAAAAACACCCUAAGGUUGCUCUACUUCAUUCCAGAAAUUAGUCUUUCAAAGCCAGAUUUCCCAGAAAGGAGCUCAAUGCAUGCCAAUUUAGACUUGCACCUUCUGGUGAUGAAAUGAGAACUUCUUGAUGUAUAAAAAAACUCUGCACUGUGUCCUUGUCUGUACAUGUCCCAAAGACCCCCAUCCACACUGCAUCAGUCUUGGCAAAGGCCAAGCUUUCAGAGCUCAGUCAAGAAUACUAAAGUAUUUGUACUUCUUCCAAAUCCAGUGCUGACCUUGUACUAACUCAGCCUUGAAAACUGGAUAAUUGAAAAGUUUUUUAUAAUUUUAUCCACUGUCUUUUAAAAUUACCAGAUACUUGUGAGCUUAUGCAGUCUUUACUGAAGUCCUGCUGCUUCUACUUGCAGGAACUUUCCAAGUUUCUCCUAUUUGCAAACAAAUCUCUUCCUAAUGGUUGGAGAUGGAAUGAAACAGAGAGCUAUCAAUGCUAAAUACACAAGUAGCUCAUGAAUAAGGACAUACCUCUUCAAUACUAAUUUGAAGAUAGAAAGUCCAGGAAGAAUAUGGAUUUUCAGUUAGGCCGCAUGCCACUUUAUGUAUGUUGCACAUUGUUCCAGGAGUCAGAGCUGCCCAUGAAAACUGUCUUUCUGCUCUGCCCAAAGAAGAACUGGAAAUCAGUACUGUACAGUAUGUUCAUGGCAUUUGUGCAAUUUGACCCUGUUAAUUCCUGAGGGCUUUUUCUUCAUGCUGUUAUUUGCAGUCUUAAUACAGAUAGUUUCCAUAUUUGAAAAAUAAAGGGAAUUUUUUCCACAAUA